AUGUUGAAGUUUAGAGGAAGCCAGCACCUUCGCCAGCGCCUGAUCUGCGCGACACUUUCUGGCAAGGCUAUUCGUGUUGAUGGCAUACGAGAGCGCGAUCAGAACCCAGGCCUCAGGGAUUACGAGGCUUGCUUGUUGCGACUCAUUGAGAAAGUCACAGACGGCUGCGUCAUUGAAAUUAAUGAAACAGGAACAAGCCUGCGCUACAAGCCGGGCCUAGUGACGGGGGGUUCAGGCUUGAACCACGACUGUGGGAAGUCUCGCAGCAUUGGGUACUUUCUGGAGCCGCUAGUGUGCCUUGCCCUGUUUGGCAAGAAGCCCUUGUCCAUCUCAUUGCACGGCAUCACCAAUGAUGGAGUGGAUUCCGGUGUGGAUGUUUGGCAGCAAGUGACGCUGCCACUUAUCAGGCAACUCGCGGACAUUGAAAAGGACGGCCUGCAGAUGAAGGUGUAUAAGCGAGGGGCGCCUCCAGGCGGCGGGGGAGAGGUGCAUCUUUCUGUGCCAGUCGCCCGCGCCCUUCCGCCCAUCAGUCUCACUGAAGAAGGGAUGGUGAAGUCCGUGCGGGGCGUGGCAUACGCGGUGCGAGUGGCGCCGGCGGCGGCCAACCGGAUGGUGGACGGGUCGCGGGGCGUGCUGAACGAGCUGCUGGCGGACGUGCGUGUCUUUACGGACCACCGCUCGGGCGCGGAGGCCGGCGCGUCGCCUGGCUACGGCCUCACGCUCGUCGCGCAGACCACCACCGGCCGCCUCAUCAGCGCGCAGGCCGUCGCGCCCCCGGCCGCCAAGGUGCACCCGCAUGAAGGCCAGCAGGCUCAGAGGGAUGUGGGGGUGCCUGAAGACAUCGGCAGGACAGCGGCACAUGCACUCUUUGAGGAAAUUUCCCGGGGUGGCAUCUGCGACAGCGCCCACCAGGGUUUGGUGCUGCUGUUUUGUGCGCUCGGUCCAGAGGAACUGAAUGAAGUCAGGCUGGGGCCACUGACGCCGCAUGCAGUCAGGACGUUGCGCCACUUGAAGGCGUUCUUUGGGGUGACGUUCAGUGUCAAGCCCCAAGCGGCCAGCAGUACAAUUUUUCUGUCUUGCAUCGGAGCUGGAGUGAAGAACAUGUCAAAGAGGGUUUCGUGA